AUGACGCAACACGCUCGGUCAUCCGCCGCCAAUGAUUUCAAGGCUGGCCCCGGGACGCGCACGCACGCGUACCGUACCGUACCAACACCCAACACUUACUUAUAUCACAAUCUACCUAGGCCUAGCCAGCGAUGUAUACUUCCAACAACCCCUUCUCUUGCCUCACAGACACCCAGAGGAGGGCCACUAACACAAGCGAAAUCCCAGGACGCCCUCCUCCCGCAAGCCUCCCCCGUCUACAAGGUCAUUGUCUCCGUUGUCACCGAGGCACCUCCCGCCCUCGGCCAGCGGCACCUCGACGAGAAAGCCCGGCUGCUCGAGCGCAUGAGCCGCAAGCACGGCAAGUUCGACGAGCACCACCCGCGCAACCGCCUCCUCGACGCCCUGUACUCCUUCUCCCGCUACGCCGAGCUCAACCGCGCCGACCUCGACCGCUGGCGCGACCACUACCGCUACGUCUCGCGCAGGCAGCACCUCCUCCUCGAAAGCACAAUCAGCUACUCGGCCAAGUUCGACGCCGUCGACGCCCUCAUCGCCACCAACGCCGCCCUCUGCGACGAGAUCGUCCGCGCCGCGCAGUCCUUCUACGGCGUCCCGGACGCCGAGCUCGCCGCCCACGCCGCCGCCGCCGCCAGCGGGGCGCGGGGCUUCCCCGGGGACAAGGUCAGCGUCGCCCAGGCCCUCAAGCACUUCGUCCGCGACUGGUCGGCCGCGGGCGGGCGCGCCGAGCGCGCGCCGGCGUACGCCUGCGUCCUCGACGCCGUGGCGCGGCUCUUCCCCGACCGCGUCGACGGGGAGAAGAAGAAGAAGAAGCCCCGGAUCUUGCUGCCCGGCGCCGGGCUCGGCCGCCUGGGCCACGAGGUCGCGGCGCUGGGCGGCGGGCUCGAGGUCACCGUCAACGAGUGGAGCAUGUACAUGAACGCCGCGUACCGGUUCCUGACCUCCUCGCGCCCCCGAGCCCCCCUGCACCUGCACCCCUUCAUCGACGGCUGGUCCCACCACCGCACGACGGCAGACCAGCUCCGCGCCGUGCCCUUCCCCGACGCCGACCCCCUGGCGCACGACGUGCUGCUGGUGGAGGGCGACUUCACCACCGUCUUCGCUGCCAAAAGGGCGCACUACGACGCCGUCCUGACCUUCUUCUUCAUCGACACGGCGCGCAACCUCAUGGCCUACCUCGAGACCGUCCGCGCCGUGCUCGCGCCGGGCGGGCACUGGGUCAACUUCGGCCCCCUGCUGUACGGCACGGGGCCCUUUGUGCAGCUCUCGCUCGAGGAAGUCGUCGCCGUGGCCGAGGCGAUGGGCUUCGAGUUCGUGGAGCAGGAGUGGGACACCGACAAGGAGUCGGUGUGCGGGGUGCCGACCUUCGAGGGCGGCAGCAAGGUCUGGAGCAAGGAGGCCGUGUACGGGUUCGACGACAGGGCCUUGACGCGCAACGCGUACAGCGCGCAGUUCUGGGUGGCGAGGAAGAAGGAGGAUGUCGUCUCUGGGAAGGGGUUCUUUUAG